GAAAACAAAAUUUAGUGCCAUUUGGUUUCAUGAAUGUUUUGUUUCUUAUAAAGUAUUUUCAUGCAUAUUUUAAAGUUUAAUGAUCCUUGUCUAGUUUUCAGUUAGGUGGCACGGACACGGAACACGGGACAACAGCAUUAGUUUAAGUUUUUUUAUAUUGAAAUUAAAGUUUUGUGUGUGAAACGCCAAGUGUCCGACAUGUUUCUAAAUGGGGAAACAUCGAUCGGGCAUUUGGAAUAGGGCUAUUUCUCCUGUUUCUAUCAGAUCAAAAGUGUCUGCUUUAGUCAUGAUGAAUGGGGCUGUCGUCAUCGAGAAUGAAAUGCAACAGAUGAAGCUACUUUCUGCAAUCAAUGAUGAACAUGAAGGUGUUAUCGUCGAACUGGCUGAGCCUAUGGGCUUGGAAGUCUUUGCUUCAAUGCUUAAAGCUUCACUUGCUCACUGGAGAAAACUGGGUAAGAGGGGCGUUUGGAUCAAAAUUCCUAUCGAAUUAGCCAAUCUUGUUGAAGCUGCUGUUAAGGAAGGGUUCUGGUACCAUCAUGCAGAGCCGAAAUACUUGAUGCUUGUGUACUGGAUACCAGAAGGCACUCAUACUUUGCCUGCAAAUGCAACUCAUCGAGUGGGUGUUGGAGCAUUUGUCAUGAACAAAAACCGAGAGGUGCUAGUGGUCCAAGAAAAGAGUGGAAUUUUUCGAGGGACAGGUGUGUGGAAGUUCCCUACCGGAGUAGUUGAUGAGGGAGAAGAUAUUUGUGCUGCCGCGAUAAGAGAAGUUAAAGAAGAGACAGAUAUUGAUGCAAAAUUUAUAGAACUUUUAGCGUUCAGGCAAAGCCACAAGGUAUUCUUCGGGAAGUCGGAUUUAUUCUUCUUAUGCCUGCUGCAACCUCUCUCCUUCAAUGUCCAGAAGCAGGAAUCAGAAAUUGAUGCAGCCCAGUGGAUGCCUGUGGAGGAAUAUCUAGCACAGCCAUUUGUUCGAAAAAACGAGUUUGUGAAGCAGAUUUGUGAGAUAUGCUUGACAAAGACUGAUAAAAACUAUUCUGGAUUUUCUCCAGUGCCUACCACAUCAAAUCUUGUCGAUGAAAACGGCUAUUUAUAUUUGAACAUUCAAGACAUGGAAAAGCAUUAACAUCUCGGCCAUCAUUUAUUUAUUCAAUUCUGCUUCAGCAAACAAAUAAAUUCUGUUAUUUUAUUUCAUAGUUUAGAAUUUAAGGAAAAUCAAUUAUGUUAUUAUUUUAUUGCAUUAUUUAAUUGAUUAUGUGAACUACAUUGAUCUGUAAGCUCAGUUAAUUAAAUAAAGUUAUUCACUUUAUUGUCUUCUCUUUA